AUGGACGACGCCACGCGCAGCUCCAUCGCCCAGGCUGCCGUAGCCGGCGGUUGCCUCCUGAUAUACUUUGCUCGAUACGCGUUGCCCGAGGCGCCCCAAUGGCUGCGCCCCUUCGCCAGGGAGGAGAACUGGCGCGAUAUCCGCGAGAGGCCGUGGACGAUCUGGGCGAUCUCUCUGCAGAUGCUGUCCAUAAUCGGGCUCAUCAUCACCGCAGUCACCGCCGUCAUCUCCUCCCCCAGCGUGUCCAGAAUCCUGGAGCUGGCACCGUGGGCCGCGGCCCUGCUCAUCGCGGCCGUGGACCGCCCGCGGAAGACGCCCAAGGCGCUGCUGGCGCUCUACGUCACCAUCCUGGCGUGCGGCGUCGUCUCGCUCGCCGCCACCUACAGCCAGGCCGGGCUGGUACACGUCCUGAACCUGGCCGCCGUGUGCGUGGCGCUGGCGGCCGUCGUCGCCGUGCUGGCCAUGCCCAUGCGCGACCCGGACCUCGGGGACGCCUUCGGCAUAGCGGGGUCCGAGGAGCCGCCGACGUCGCAGCUGCGCAGCCCCGAGGACAACCUCACGCCAUGGCAGUUCAUGACGGUCAGCUGGCUGGCGCCGCUGAUCUCGCGCGGCUACUGCACGCGGCUCGAUGACGGCGAUGUGUGGUGCCUGCCUUAUGAUUUUCAACAUAGCCGGCUGCUGGUGUUGUUUAGAGACCUCCAGGGCUCCAUCAUCCGCCGGCUGCUGUGCGCCAACGGCCUCGAUCUUGCUAUUAUCACGGGCCUGGGAGUCCUCGAGGCCGUGGCGAACUUGUCGGUGCCUGUGCUGCUGCAGCACUUGCUGCAGUCUAUCGAGCGCGGACCUGACCGCAGGAACGGGUCCGUCGCGUGGGCGUUGGCCAUCCUGGCUGUCCGCCUCGUGGCUGCUCAGUCCAAUGUCUUCUCGCUGUGGUUCAGCCGCCGCGCCUACGAGAGGUCGCGCGGCGAGAUGCUCACCACCAUCUACGCGAAGACCUUGACGCGUAAGUCUUUCGGCUUGCGCACAGAGGAGAAGGAGGAUGCGCCCACCCAAGAGAAUGGGCACCAGAAUGGAAACGGGAACGGGGCCCAGCCCGAGUCCAACGAAGAGACGCACCUUCUAGGCGGUACGGCCGAUAGUAAGCCCAAGAAAAGCCGCAUGGCCCGGCUCCUGGGGUUCCUAAAACUGCGCAAGCGCAGCGCCGCCGCAAAGAAGAAGGCGGCCAAGGCCCCGGCAGAGCAGCCGGCGACCAUGGGCAAGAUCCUCAACCUGAUGCGCAACGACGUGUACGAGGUAGCGCAGCGGUUCUGGGAGUUCCCGUCCAUCGUCACGAAGCCGCUGCAGCUCGUGUUGUCCGUCGCCCUGGUGUGGCAGCUGCUCGGCUGGCCGUGCCUGCUGGGCAUGGCCUGGGUCGUCACGAUGCAGACGGUCAACGCGGUCUGUGUGCGGCGCCUGCUCGUCAACGAGAGGCUGCGGCGCGCGGCGUCCGACGUGCGACUCCAUGCCACGUCCCAGUUUGUCGAGGCUAUCCGGCCUUUGAGGUGGUACGACUGGCAGUCCAAGUGGCUCACUGCCAUCAUGGAGGCAAGGGAGAAGGAGCUGCACUUGCGCAUCCGCACCGGGCUGUGGAAUAUUGCCAUUGGCGCUACUAACCUCGCAGCCGGCGCCCUGUUUCCGGUCUUCAGUUUCUUUGCGUAUACUUAUAUAGCAGAGAGGCCGUUGCCAAUCGACGUCGCUUUUCCUGCGCUGCAGCUCUUCACGAUGCUAGAGGGCAGCUUGAAGGAGCUGCCCAACCUAAUCACAGUGCUCCUCAAUGCUUCUGUUGCCAUUGGCCGUCUGGAGGCUUUCAUGGCGGAGCAUGACAAGGAGGAGGGCGCGUACAACGACUCGACGUCUCAGAUAAUUGAAUUCCGGGGUGCGUCGUUUGAGUGGACGACGAACCACAAGCGGGUGCUGGAGGACCUGACCUUGAGCUUUUCGACCGGCCUCACCGUCGUCUGCGGCAAGGUCGGCUCGGGAAAGACUGCGCUGCUGCAAGCCAUCCUGGGCGAACUCGACAAAGUCAGGGGCGGCUGCGUGCUGCCAAACGAGAUGGUGGGAUACUGCGCGCAGGCGCCCUGGCUGCAGAACAUGAGCAUCCGCGAUAAUAUUUUGUUUAACUUUCCCUUCGACGGCGCGCGGUACCGCAAGGUCCUCGACGCGUGCCAGCUUACGCAGGACCUGGCUAACUUUGCACACGGGGAUCUCUCCAAUAUUGGAGAAAACGGCAUCGGCCUCUCGGGCGGCCAGAAGGCGCGCGUCGCUCUUGCCAGGGCAGUGUAUAGCAAGUCACGCAUCCUGCUGCUCGACGACCCGCUUGCCGCGCUCGACCACAACACCGCCGAGGCUAUCGUCCGCAAACUGUUCCGCGGGUCCCUGGUCGCGGGUCGUACGGUGGUGCUCGUCACGCACCGCGUGGAUAUGUGCACGCACCUCGCAGACCAGGUGGUCGAGAUCACCGACGGCCGGGCCCGCGUCCUGCACGAGGACGAGAUCGCCCGCGAGAUCGACAUCCUGGCCCGGGAGCAGGAGACCCUCGCCGUCGCGCGGGAGGAGGCCGCGUCGCACGAGGCCGCCACCGAGGAGCAGCAGGCCGCCGGCGCAGGCGUGCCUGAUAAGUUUGUUACGGACGAGAACAGGGCGUCCGGCGGCGUCGUGGCUAGGAUUUACUGGACGUACAUCAAGGCGGGAAGGUUGACGUGGUGGGCGCUCGUCAUCGCCAUCUUCUCGGGGUUCCGCUUCCUGCGCGUGUUCAAUUCUUGGUUUUUGAAGUCGUGGGGCGAGGCUUAUCCCGUCGCCUCGGACGAGGUCGCGGCGCAGGUCCGGCGGCUGUCGGCGAUGAUAUCGUCGUCCGCGGGUGUCAGCGUGGCGGACGGCGGCAUUUUCGAUGGGCUGCCGAGUCCUGAUGAUGACGUCCUUCCGUGGUUGAUGUGGUAUGCGAUCUUGGGUGUUGCGAUGACCGUGUUCUUCACGCUGACGCAGUGCGGCUUGCUGCUGAUCCUGUACACGGCAGCCAAAGAUUUGUUUGGCCGCGUGCUGCAGCGCGUCAGCGGCGCCACGUUCCGCUUCUACGACGUGACGCCCGUGGGGCGGCUGAUGAACCGGCUGACGUCGGACAUCGGCAUGCUGGACGGCGGCAUCAUCGCACCACUGCAGGACGUGGCGUUCUGGUCGCUGACUUGGGCGACCUGCAUGAUCGUCAUCUCGGCGACGACGCCCAUAUUCUUCGCGUUCGCGCUGGCCAUGACGGCGUGGUUCGUCGCCAUAUUCUUGCGCUUCCUGCCGACGUCGCAGAGCCUGCGUCGACUUGAAAUGGUUUCGCUCAGCCCCUUAAUGUCCAAUUUUGGUAUCCUGCUCGACGGGCUGGCUACUAUUCGUGCUUUCCGCGCGCAGCCGCACUUCCAGGACCGCAAUGUGGUCGUGACGGACGCCUUCCAGAAGAUGGACCAUUUCUACUGGAGCCUGCAGGCCUGGCUGCUGUACCGCUUCGACGCGCUCUCGGCCGUCUCGACCUUUGCGCUGACGCUGCUGGCGCUGUACCAGGGCCUGUCGCCCGGGCUGACGGCCUUUGUGCUCACCACGGCGUCACAAUUCGUCGAUGCCACCCAUGCGCUGUGCAAGGCGUACGGCCAGCUGCAGAUGGACUUCGUCUCCGUGGAGCGCGUGGUCGAGCUCCUGGACCUCGAGCCGGAACCGAGCGGCGAUGUCGAGCCCCCCGCCGCGUGGCCUGCGUACGGCGACGCCAUCUCGUUCGAGGGCGUGACGGUCCGCUAUGCGCCGCAUCUCGAGCCUUCGCUGACCGGGGUCUCGUUCACGAUCCCCGGCGGUGCGACGUGCGCGGUGCUAGGGCGCACGGGCUCGGGCAAGUCGACGCUGGCGCUUGCGCUGCUGGCGACGGUGCGGCCCGACCCCGGGGAAGGCGCUGGCGUCAUCCGUGUCGGCGGCGUCGACAUCGCGCGCGUCGACGUGCAUGCCUGGCGGAGGCGCCUCAGCUUCGUCGCCCAGGACCCCGUCCUAUUCCCCGGCACUUUGCGGGACAACCUCGACCCUUUGCAGCAGCACACGGACGCCGAGUGCAACACCACACUACGGCGGAUCCUGGGGGCCGGCUGGACGCUGUCGUCGCGCGUGGACGACGGGGGCAAGAACCUGAGCCAGGGGCAGCGGCAGCUGGUGGGGAUCGGGCGCGCCGUGUUGAGGAGGAGUCCGGUGGUCAUUCUGGACGAGGCGACCGCGUCUAUUGAUAAGCAGACGGCGCUGGCGAUACAGGAGGUGCUGCGGGAUGAGCUGAGGCUUAGCACGGUUAUUACGAUUGCGCAUCGGAUCGAGGCGGUAAGGGAUGCGGAUUACUUCGUAAGGUUGGAUGGGGGGCGUGUUGUUGAGGCUGGGCCGGCUGUGAGGGAUGGGUAG